UUCUCUUCAUCAGACAUACUAUUACAAAAAGAAACCUGGCAAGGCAAGAUUAUUUACAACCAGAGUCAAAAGAAUAUCCUCCAAGCAUGGUUUGAACAUGACGCUUACCCUGAAAAAGCUAACAGGAAACAACUGGCCAAGGAAAUUGGCAUUCCAGAAUCUAAAAUUCAGAUUUGGUUUAAAAACCACAGAGCAAGACAGAGCCGAUUGGAGUUCAUCCUCCUAGGGGAAGACCAAACCCAUGGACAGAACCAGCCUCAGCCUUAUACUCAAGAAUACUUACCAAAAGGAGCCACACAAGACCACACAUCGGUUCCAAGAUCUCAAUCAAACAUUCUAGUUCAAGCCUUCAAGAGGAACCAAUUCUUUGAUAUUGCAAACAGGAAAACACGCCAAACAGGCAUUCCAGAAUCGAGAAUUCAAAUGUGGUUUCAGGACCCAAGAUCUCUGUACCCUGGGCAGAGCACAAGUGAGCCUGUGAAUUCCUUGGUAUAUGGCCCAAAUGGGAGACCUGCACUGCUGACUAUGAGAGGAGACCCAAAUACUCAGUACCCCUUCUGGCCCCAAUACCAAGAACGCCAGGAUCACCAAGAACAGACUGACAUGGGAGUACUGCAGCUGGAAGACUAUUCUCAGCCUCAAGCUGAGCACAAAAAACCACCACCACAGGAUCUGAGCCAGGUAGACAUAUCUUACUUUCUGCAGUGGUGGGAUGAGUGCUGCCAGGCUCUGAUUGCAGAGCGGGAUCCUCAAAAAGGGACCUACUGA